AUGGAGAAUAAGUCUGCGGACGCUCAGGGCACUGGGGGGCCCCACGCGCAGCAGGCGGGUGGUCCGCCAGCAGUGGCUAUGCAGCCUCUGCAGCAACCUCAAGGUGUACAGCCUCCUCAUCAGCAAGCUGGAAUGGCCGUGGCAAUGUACCCGCAGCCGCAGGCGGGUGGUCCUGGGCCCAUCGGUCCGCCGCAGCCAAUGCAGCAACCUCAAGGUGGACAGCCUCCUCAUCAGCAAGCUGCAGUGGCCGUGGCAAUGUACCCGCAGCCGCAGGCGGCUUUUCCCCAACAUGGCUACGGAUUUGUGCAGCAGCCGUACUAUCAUCAACAGGUCUAUAGCCCAUCGCCAAAUGCGCCUGCCGCGUCUUCGGCUCAAGGUGCUGCUCAUUGGCCGCCUAAUGGACAAGGACAUUCCCCCAUGCCGGCCGGGCCUUCUUGCUCUGGUGUUUCUCACUGGCCACCCACCAACAUGUGGCACGUUGGCAGCAGCUCCAACUACUCGCCAGCCAGCUGUUCAGGUGUCGCUGUACCACCUCGGAGGAAGGCUGGGAGACCGCUAGGAUCUAAGAAUAAGAGGGGGCGAGUCGAGGAGCCACCAGCCCCCAGACCUGAGGAGCCAAAUGAAGAGUGCGACUUUGGCCCAGAAUUGCCUGAGGCUGUGUUGAGCGACCGAGAAGUGCCAGAGGACCGCGGUAAUGCUUGUGUCAACUGCUCACUUUACCGUGGCAUGUUUAUCGUCCAGCCAUGUGGCCACUACCCGACGUGCUACAAAUGUAUUGCUAAAGAAAAAGAGGAUGCGAAAAAGUUCGGUUGGAGGGAAGAAUGUUUCGCUUGUGACCAGACCCCGACGGGAUACCUGAGGGGCUUCUCAAGGGAAUACCACCUGGACCUCGAUGACUAA